GUUUCGAUUUUAUGUGUAGCGUCCCCCAUCCGUCCAGUUGCCCCAUCCCUUAUUUUAUCAAAAGUCCGAAUCAAAACCCCAUCGCUUGAAAAACCUCAGUUCCUCUACGGAACUUCCUGCAUACACACGCCGCUCAUUCUCCCCCUAGACCGAUCCACGGGCUAUUCCAUCUUCUAAGUCUGUCUCAGCCAACUAUCGCUACUGACAUUUAUAGAAAUGUCAAUUGAUAUUUCCGGCGAACGCCAGUACGGUCAGGAUGUCCGAACCCAAAAUGUUAUGGCGUGCCAAGCAAUAGCAAACAUCGUUAAGUCAUCACUUGGUCCCCUUGGGCUCGAUAAGAUGCUUGUUGAUGAUAUUGGUGAUGUAAUUAUCAGUAAUGACGGUGCUACAAUUCUGAAGAUGUUAGAAGUCGAGCAUCCUUCAGCUAAGGUUCUAGUUGAGUUAGCAGAGCUUCAAGACCGGGAAGUUGGUGAUGGAACUACGUCUGUAGUCAUAAUAGCUGCAGAGUUGCUUAAGAGAGCAAAUGACCUGGUGAGGAACAAAGUUCACCCCACAUCAAUAAUCAGUGGCUACAGACUUGCAAUGAGAGAAGCUUGCAAAUAUGUUGAAGAAAAAUUGGCUGUGAAGGUUGAAAAGCUUGGAAAGGACUCCCUCCUAAAUUGUGCCAAGACAAGCAUGUCAUCAAAGUUGAUUGCUGGUGAUAGUGACUUCUUUGCUAACCUGGUUGUUGAAGCAGUACAAUCAAUUAAGAUGACAAAUGCUCGUGGUGAAAUUAAAUAUCCAAUCAAGGGAAUUAAUAUACUGAAAGCUCAUGGAAAAAGUGCAAGAGAUAGCUAUCUUUUGAAAGGAUAUGCAUUAAAUACUGGAAGGGCAGCUCAAGGGAUGCCACUGCGUGUUUCUCCCGCAAAGAUAGCUUGCCUUGACUUUAAUCUUCAAAAGACAAAAAUGCAGUUGGGUGUUCAAGUGUUAGUUACGGAUCCCAGGGAGCUUGAAAAGAUUCGUCAACGAGAAGCUGAUAUGACAAAAGAACGCAUUGAGAAGCUUCUUAAGGCCGGAGCCAAUGUAAUAUUGACCUCAAAGGGAAUUGAUGACAUGUCAUUAAAGUAUUUUGUGGAAGCCGGUGCAAUUGCUGUUAGACGUGUUCGGAAAGAAGAUCUGCGUCAUGUUGCUAAGGCCACUGGUGCGACUAUGGUCUCAACUUUCGCAGAUAUGGAAGGGGAAGAAACAUUUGAGUCAUCAUUCCUUGGACAAGCUGAUGAGGUUGUUGAGGAGCGCAUUGCAGACGAUGAUGUAAUUUUGAUCAAAGGGACCAAAAACACAAGUGCGGUUUCUUUGAUACUUAGAGGAGCAAAUGACUACAUGCUUGAUGAGAUGGAGAGGGCGUUGCAUGACUCUUUAUGCAUUGUUAAAAGAACAUUAGAAUCAUCAACUGUGGUUGCUGGCGGAGGUGCUGUUGAGUCUGCCUUGUCUGUGUACCUUGAGUACCUUGCAACUACACUUGGAUCUCGGGAGCAGUUGGCUAUUGCUGAAUUUUCUGAAUCCUUAUUGAUCAUUCCAAAGGUACUUGCUAUCAAUGCUGCCAAGGAUUCAACUGACUUGGUGCCUAAGUUACGUGCGCAUCACCGAGAUGCACAAACUCUGGCUGACAAGAAGCAUUGGUCAAGUAUGGGGCUAGACCUAGUGAAGGGAACAAUACGUAACAACCUGGAAGCUGGUGUGAUUGAGCCUGCUAUGAGCAAAGUGAAGAUAAUCCAAUUUGCCACUGAAGCAGCUAUUACGAUUCUUCGAAUCGAUGACAUGAUAAGGCUGGUCAAGGAUGAAAGUCAGAAUGAGGAAUAGAUGCUCCACAACUUCCGAAGUUCACUUUUUUUCACUCGUAAUGAAGGGCUAACUUCGAGUUUUAGGAGCAUUAUUGUAGUAGAGCCGUGAGAAUGUUUGGCUGUGGUGGUUUUUGGGUACUAGACUCUCUGUGUCACUUGUGACGGGCCUAACAGCAGAUAUGCCUGUCACGUCUAAAACUUAAACUUUAAACAUAUUGUGUCCCCCAAAAGAUUUACUCCUAUUAUGGAGUAUUUUUGUUCUUGCUUCAGAUUUGAUUUGUGGUUCCCUUGAAAUAUACGACUACUUGGGUUGAAG